CGUUAUUCAUUCUGUUUCAGAGCAUCCCGACCGUUCUCGAAGAGCGGACGUGAUUAUCCCAGUGUUUUCGUUUUAUAAGUCAUUGUUUUUCUAGCUGAGGUGUUCCUGUUUUCCAUAACGCCACUGCUUUUCAUACCGAUGAAUGUCGUUAUACAAACAUUUACGUUCGAGCAAAGUUUUCGGCGCCAAAUUUGAAAGUUACGGCGGAAGGCGCCAUGUUGAUCGGUUGCUUCGGGACGAAAUAUAAUAACGUUAGUUUUGUUCGUCUGCAGGGAUCAGUUUCUUCAGAUUAUUCGUUCUUCGACAAAGCCUUCGGGAAGGACGCCUCACAGCAAGAGCCUGAGGCGAACAAGGGCAGGAAAUCUCAGCGCCUCUCUCGCUCUCCCGCUGCGAAGGGACGCCGAGGUCAUCCAGUAAGAAGCCCCAAAGUCAGUCCAUCCCCAACCCAACCACCCGGAGGACCACCCCCAAGGGAGGCGGGAGAAAGAGUCCAGGCCACAGAACACCCUCCCACUGGGAAAAGGCAUCCAAACAGCAGGGCGCUACAGGUUCUGAAAAGGAUCCACGCCAACGCCCUCCCGCAGAAAGAAGAAGAGGAGGAGGCCCCCGCGCCCCAAACAAAGGGGCCAUCCCAAUUACCAGAGCGAAAAAGUGAUCCUCCAUUAUCACAAGAUCAGCCGUGCCCCCUGAACUCCAUACCCUACAACUACCUUCAGAUCUUCAGCGAAAACCCGGAGGUCCUUAUCGAGAAGAACAGCCCAUCCUCUAAGAGGGAGAGUUCUCCUCCUUCGGGAAGCACGCCGCCGCCCAGUCACAAUAGUUCUCAGCUUCAGGAGAUCCUGUACGGCGUGCCCAAUGUCCUCCUACGCCCAGACGAUUCGCAGAAACACGCGCGUCGCCACCUCCCGCAGCAGCAGCUUCCUGUCGCCUUCGGUGUUGUAGCGGAAGAAGAAGAAGAAGAGGAGGAGGAAGGGAGGCAGAAGAUGACCACAAUGAGACACGGCUCUCUGCUCGAACGCAAGAAGAAGCAAUGGGAGGAAGAGAGAGCUUUUAUGAACGGUGCGGGCUGUGGCUUUUGGGGUCUGGCCACUCCCAGCGAGCCGAAAAAAGCCACCCCUCCGACGGACAAGCCCCCCGACCCCCGUCAGAAGCAGCAAUUCCCUCCGACGCCCUUACAGCAGCCGCCCCCUUCCAGCCAGCAGCAGCAGCAGCAGCAGCAAAAGCCUAUACCGCAGAUGCAAGCAUAUCAGUCACCGCAGCCGCACAUGCAACAGAUGACAUAUCAUGACCAACAGCAGCUGCAGCUGCAGCAAGCAUAUCAAGAACAACAGCAGUAUCAACAACAGCAUGUAUUCCAGCAGCAGCAGUCCGGUCCACCUCCAUCUAGCGCUAAUCAACAGGCUCUUGUUCCGGUCUCGCAAUCCGGUUUUGGAGGUCGCGCCCCUUUGCCUCCCGUUAGGACCUCUUCAAUGUCUGCGCAUGCGUCACACCAAAUCCCUACAUCUGCACUCCCGACUCCACAGUAUAUGGCCAUGCAGCCGCUACCUGUGGGCGGGUACAACGGAGCCCCCGUCUACGUAGUGAUGCAGUCUCCCGGGGGAGCAGUCACGCCGGGUGCCCUUCCCAACGGCCCUUUCAUCCCUGAAUUAUUGAGGAACCUCCCCUACGGGUCUAACCAGAGGGGUGUGACGAUCUAUGAAUUGCCUGAAGGAGCCCGUCAACAUCACACGCGGGGAGCAGAAUCGGUUCCCAUGUCGGCCGCGCCCUCGGAGGGAACGAGGUGGCCUGGCCCCCCAGAGCCGCCCAAGUACACGUCCAUCCCAUCCUCGUCGUCCUCGUCCGUGUCUUCUGGGAGCCAGGACGACCGCAACGGGGCGGGGCGCGCAAGGUGGGGGGACAGAGGCGUGGGCGUUGGCCACUUGUGGGCGCCGGGAGACGAAACUUCUCCAGGCUCCGGAAGACCGCCCGAUCCUCUCCCUCCCGCGUGGGUGGAUUCCAGGGACGAGAACGUUUUGCCAGGAGCGCCCCUCUCGAAAUCGUGCCAGAGGACUUACGCCCGAGGAGGGGGGAUGCUGCGCAUGGACCCCGAGGAACUGGCGGAGAAGGAGAGACGGAAAAGGCAGGCCGAGGAGACCCAGAGGAUAAUCAAACAACAGCUGGAAGACAAGAAGCGACAAAGGGCCGUAGAGGAAGAGAGGGAGAGAAAAGAGGCGGCCUUGUGGGAGGAAAGAGUCAAGGAGCAGCAGGAGAAAGAAGCCAGGGAAUACAUGGAGGAGAUGAGGAAGAAACGGGAGAAAGAGGAGAACGAGGAACGCAGACAAAGGCAACUUCAGUCCGCCAUCAAAGAAGCAGAGGAUAGAGCGAAGAGAGAGAAGGAACUGAGCAAAUACGGCCACCUGAGGAAUAACGCUCCUAUGCAGAAAGGAAACCUCCUUCCUGACGUGGGCGAAGAAGGAGAAGACGACGAAGAGUCGCCACCCCAGGCCUCGCCAUCCAAGCAGCAACAUCAAACGCCUCAAAGGACGCCUUCUUUCAUGAGGAAUCAACAGCAACUCCAGCGGAGACUCUCAGAGCAACCGGAGCAGCAAGAAAGCGAAGAACAGCAACAGCUACAGCAACGACCAGCUACUGCUCAUCGACAAGGAGUUCAAAAGUCCGCGGACGUCGACGGGGAUGAACGGACGAGGCUGCUUCGGAGUCUAGGGUUGACCCCGGAGAUGCUGCUGGCAUCCUCGGGUCUGUUGGACCGAACCACGCUGCUGACCCUUCUCAGUGCCACGGCAGCUGGCCAAAGGCAGCCAUCACUCUUGCAGCCAGACCUCCUUCAGGCAGAAUACAUAACAGACAGGAUCAUCACCCCCACGAAGUAUCGAGGACCUCCUUCUAGAGAGUGUGGCAUACAGUGUGAUACGCCAGUAUCAGAUAGAAGCAGUCCCAGACGGGAUACGAAAAGGAAAGGCAGCAGAAGAAACAAAUCUCCCUCGACCUCCUUGCCGAGGGACAGUGGCCACAGCAGCGACGCCAGACCUGCCUGGGGACACAACCAUAGCGACAGACCUUACAGGAAACAGUCUGAAAAGGAUCCAUACUCUGGGAGAAGGCUCAGAAGGAGGAUUACGAGGUCACUCAGUCGUUGCGAUCGGGACACCGCCACAGAGGAGAGCGACCUUCCACAGCCUCAGCGUCGCCGUCGGAAGACUUGGGAUAAAUCAAGACAAGAGUCCUUGUCGUCUGACCUGUCUCGUUCACCAUCGCCAAGAGACAGGGUUCGAACGAACAGGUCUUCGCCAGCAUCCGGGAGGAAAUGGCCGCCAAUUAAAGGUUCCAUUACUCCCAGUUUACCUCGUCCUCUGACUCCCGAGAUGGCAAAGGCUCCUCCCACACCAAGCUCGCAGUCUAUCAUAGAAAAAGAGGAAGAGGAGAGAGAUGACAACGAUGAUGUCGUGACAGCUCCAGUCAUCAGUGCCUUGCCGGAGAGCAGGUCGUCAUCGCCUCCAGUUCCUGCUCUGAUCAAGAAACUCACAGGUGCGAGUUUUUUCGACGUUCCCGAAUACCCUCCAGGGGCUGAGCCUCCUGGUUCGCAGAGCAGUUUAGUUCCUUUAACAGGCAAAGGGAAUCCGAAGGCCCAGAGGAAAAAAUCACCGAGUGUUACUCCUGUGCUGCCUGAAAUCCCGACCUCGAGGCCGCCAUCAAAGCCUCCCUCGCCGAGGAGCUCGCCUUCGGAGGGCGGCAGUCUUAGUGAGAGGCCCAGCAGUUCUACUUUACAACCUCCGGCGGGUGGCUUAAAAGUGGAGGGUCUCAACGGGUCGGACAGUAGUGGAGCAGGUUCUCCUCACUCUCGGCCGCCCACGCCCAGAAGACUGCCGCCCAUGACGCCCACAAAGAGUGACGGCAGUCCUAGGUCGUCCUUAGCGACCCCAGUAUUUCGCUCUUCCUCUCCUCCCGUACCUGCUGUUGCCAAAAGACUGUCAGCUCAGUUGCGGUCUGCUAAAAGUGCAGAAGAACCCAGCGUUGGAGAAAAACAGUUAACGCCUGUAGAGACGCCGGGGUCGCCUCGUGUAGCUUCUUCUCCAGGGGCAUCUCCUGCAUCUGCAACGACGUCAGGUGGAAAGAGAGGCCGACAUCGCCUGGUCCACGUGAAGCAAACGUCAGAGGGCGUAUCGUCUCGGCCCGGAAGUGCAACCUCCGGGCACGAGGAAGACGUCCGGACAGUAAGCGUGACCUCCUCAGGUUACGAGUCUGGCAGGAGGUCUUCAGGAGAACCUCGAUCCCUUUCAGAGCCUCUCGUUUCUCCCGACAAAUGGGUCAUUUUAAAGAGUCUCUCUUCUCUUCGCCAAAACUUGUGGAGGCGCCAUCAGGAGCUAUCCCAACAGCCAGAUUCGGACGGCUCAUGCUGACAGAACGCGGCCACACCGGUGACUACCAAAAAUUUCCCCCAAUCUCCGGCACUGACUGAGGAGGAGGAACCAGCGGAAACAGAAGGAGCUAUAACCGAUCCUUCAUCAAAAAGACUUCCACCUGUUGUGUCCUUCCAGACACAUACUAAAUUUAUUCCUUUGCCAUCUUUCCCUGGUCAUCACCAAUCAGAACCUACUGAAAAACCAUUGUCUUUGGACUUUGAAUAUCCAAUCCCUCCUCGUCUGUCUUCGUCUCAGGAGUCUGCUUCAUCCCAAGAGUCCCUCAAUGAAGAGUCUCAGUCUGACCCCACCAUGUCCCAAGACUCCCUGGAGCAGCAGUCAAAUGUUGCUACUUCGCCCGAACCCAGAGAGGAUCAAUCAGACUCCUCUUCCUCUCCAUCCAAGUCCUCUACUGACCCUCCAUCUGCUUCAUCAGACACUGUGGACAACCCAUCUGAAAGUUCUGUCCUUCCAGAUAGUUCAGAACUUAUUUUGGAAAGCUCAGAAGCUGUUGCUGACAGUUCAGAGGCUCUUGCAGACAGUGCAGAAGAAAAUAUCCCUCCACCACCCAAACGUAAGACUGCAGUCUGUCAUACGAUAACUACUCCUGUUCCUGAGACUCCUGGUCCCCAGUCAGAUCCCUCCCUCCCUCCAAGACGACACGGUCCAUCUCCCCCUCCAAAAUAUCCUAGUGUCCUUCAGCCUCCCCAGACUCUAGGAAUUUUAAGCUAAGGAAUUUCCAUCAUUCCUAAUCAUUUUUUCACCGGUGUGGCCACUUUCAGAUCCAUCUCUGCUUUUAGCCAGUUGGACAAUAACUCAUUCUACAAUUACUGUAUUUUUAAUAGCCGUUUAAAGUCUCAUCUUUUACAGAGUUUAAAAACAAUGUUCUAGUAAUUCUCUUUAUUUCUCUUGUGGGAACAUCACAGACUCCCAAGAUGUUCCGAAAGAAGUUAUGCUGAAAGCUCACAAAUUUCUGGCUUCAGAUUUAGUUGAUCAUAAGUGACCUCUCAGACAAUAACCAUUACAUUAAAGGUUUUCUGCUUGAUUGAAAAAGAGCAGGUGAGAAAUAUUUUACAGUAUUUUCUCUAGAUGAAUAUUAAUUAUAUCAUAAUGAUAUGAUCUCUUGUUUUACCUAAUGUGCCACACACACACAAAUAAGGCCAAAUUAGGUAAGAUUUAUGGACCUCAUUCUUGGGCAAAGCUGGGAAGGCUGUUCCCAGUAGAGCCUGAGAGAAUAAGGUUAUGUUCCUUUGUAAGUUAUGCAGCACGGUAACAGCUUAGCCACUGGUAAGUUUGGCACUAAGGAUCACAAAGAUAAUUUAUCUAGCUGAAAUUACAUUGGACUAAGUACAGAAUGUACCAUUAAAGUCAUUGAUAGCUGAUACUUCAGUUUUUUCCUGCUGAUUCUGCUGACGAGGAAAUUACCAAUUUUAAGCUGUUACUGUGCAUUUCUUGAAUAUAGACAAUUUCCCACAAGCCCCAUCCCGUGAGGCACCCUUUGUGUAAUCUCUUCCAUAUUACCAUCAGGGUUGCUUGUAUACUUCCCCCAUAUAGAUGCGUUGAUUCAAAGAGGAGUACAUGACUCGAACGAAACUAUUACAAGUUAUUACUUUCCGUAAUAACUGGGACCGUGUCAUUUAUUCUUAUGCUCUGCCCUUGGACCAAUAGCAUCGUCUCUACCGCCUCUCUUGCCAAGCAGUCGAAUGUGUAUAUUUCUGGACCUUUUGAAAUCGCAUUGUACGUGUUAAGACUUAUCACUGAAAUCGUGUUUAUUUUAGAUUUAAAUAUACUACUGUGCUUCAUUUUCAAAGAAAUGUUCUGCGUCUGUUUCAUCCUCAGAUUGAAUGUGUCUCACUUUUAGCUUUUUCUUCUGCCGAAGAUUUCAGUAUUUAUUUCGUGAUAUUGUCUGUAGUAUCUACAUUUCAAAAAAAUUUAUGUAAUGUAUGCAAGCAUAUCGAUCUUUUUCAAGAAAAUUUACAUAGUAGUGCUUUCUUAUAUAGUAAAUUUCAUAGCUAAAUAUUGUGUAUUCAAAGGAUUAGUUUAAACAUUAUGAGUAUGUAUUUCUGUAGCUUUCUCACAUAUUGGCAUAUGCUAGAUUUGUAGAGUUCUGCUUUGUAAUUGAUUUUUGCUUUUAAUCAUUCAAAUGAUGAAGAACAGUGGAUAUGUAUCAUGACUUCAUUAAACACUGGAAAUAGUUUAUUGUUAAAGUAACUUGGAAAUCAAAAAGCGAGUUUUUGUGAAAAUGCUUAGCCUACUGUGUUUUCUAUCCAAUGGUGUAUGGUUUGUAUAUUGUAAAAACGGGUGAAUAAGUAUUGUAAUGAUAUGUAAAUUCCAUGUACAAUAGCUGUGAAUGUGUAAAAAAAUAAGUAAAACUGUAAAGAAGGAGAGGUUGGGUUUGAGACACUCAUGUGCGUAUGUAAAUAGACCCCACAUGUAAAUUGUCAGAAAAUGAACAAUUCCAUGGAUCAUCAAUAAGCUCUUGGCUACUUUGCAAUUAGAGCACUUCCUCCUCUAUGGUUAAACAUAGACUUGUAUUCCUCUUAGUUGUAUUUUCAAAUUUAAAAAAUUUCAUAAAGGUAAUGUAGGAAACUACUUUUGUAUCUUGCAAAUAUCUGAGUUCGAAUCCCUAAAUUCCUCGGAUAUGGUAAAUAUAUAAUCAUGAUAUUUGUCAUUUCUGUUUGGAGAAGAAAAACAUUUGCCUGAGAAGGGAAUUGUAAAGAUUCUUCAUAAUGAUUAAAUUAGAAUCAUUUAUAUAUUAUCAUACAAAAAAUGCAUAUUUGAAUCUACUGUGUAUUGCAUUCAAGACAUUUCAAAAUUCGUGACGUUGUAUAGCAGCAUUUUUGCAUAGCAUGCUGUUUACCAGGCCUUACCAAAAUAAUUCAGUGGUUUUUUUUAUCAAAGGCAGAAUCAUCUGUAAAGUUUUAAAGAAAUGUUGGAAAAUUCAAUAAAUAUCAUGCAAUAAAAUCUAUCGUAAUUUCCAGUAAAAUUAUAAAUGGAUUAGCUGAUGGUAAUAAUCCUUACUGUUAGGUUUAACAUAUUUUGAAAAUACGCUUUAUGGGUUCUUUAAGGGACUUUUUAACGAAAAAUGGAAAACUGAAAACAAGGCAUUCAACGAUAAAUGUCCACACAUCUAUAAUUUACAGUGAAAGUCUAGUCAUUAGUUUAAGUUACAUAAAAUUGAAAAAUAGCCAAGAGCGAUGAUUCAUUGUAAAAUGAAGAUGACAACCCAAAAUGUCUAUUUUUGUAAUGUAUUUAGUAAAGUCGAUCUCGAAA